AUGUUUUUAAAGUAUGAUUAUGACUUUAUUGUAGUUUUGGUCGAUUUUUCGGAUUUGGAUUUUAAUCUAAAAUGGAUACAUUGUUAAAAUAAGACAAUUUAACCUUAGAAACGAUUUUGAAUGAGGAAGACAUUUUAUCUGAAUUAAAAAAUUAGAGUUCAGGUAAAUUUGCUGAUUUGUAAAAAAAACAUUUAAAAUAUUCUAUAGCAUAGUAUAACAUCCUAAUGAAUACAAUAAAAUGAUUAAUUACAUUACUAAUGAUGUUACUGAUAAAGAAUAAGAUAAAAAUACAAGCAUAAAGUAAUCUAUAUGUAUAUAUUUCUAGAUAUCCAUUUUUGAUAAGUGAAAUACUAGGUUCUGAAAAUGAGAAAUUGAUUAAUUUCUUAUUUGAAAAAUAAGGAGACAUAUCCUAAGAAGAAAUUUAAAAUCCACUUGAAGAUCAACCAACAGAGAGUUAACAUUAAGAAUUUCAAUAAGACAAUGAAAAAUUAAGAUCAAAUCUUUUACCAGAUCUCCUUUCUUUAUUAUAAAAUGAUAGUCUGUUGAUCACAUAAGCAGGGUAUUUUACGAAAAUUAUUUCAGCAAUUAUUCAUAAAAGAGGAUAUGAUGUAUUGUUAUUAAUAAAUUAAGUUUUGGGAAUAUUUAAAAAAUAAUCCAGAAAUAAUAUCGAAUUUAUUUAAGCAUGCAAACAUAAGACAUAUUACUGAAAUAUUUGAAAAAUUGAUCAUUUUAGAUACAUGUUAAGAAGAGCAUGAUGAGAGAUUAUUUAUAUAAGAGAGAACACUUUUAAUAACUAGAUUGCUCAAAUACCUUAAAGGAUAAUCACAUGAAAAUACAAUAACUACAAAUUUGUGUGAAUCAUUAAUUGAAGUUUAUAAAAGAGCAUUAAUGUCACUUGAUGUAAUGAUAGUUUUGAGAGAAAUCUUAUUAACUAUUGAAAAACCAGAAUUCUUUAUGAAUUUAGCAAUACAUACAUAAAAUAGUUCAGUGUAUAAUUUACUUAAUAUUCAAUAUGAGUUUUAUCUUAAAAUGUCUUAGAUUGAAGAUACCCAUUAUGAUAUUUAAUUCUCUACUCUUUAUAAGCCCAUAUUAGAUGAAUCAUCUAAGGCUUUAAUUUAAAAAGAUCUAUUUAGAGCAUCUUUUUAAACAACUUAUGGAGUCACAGUUAAACCAUUAGGUGAUUCAAAAUUGUCUUUAAUAUAAUUAAUUGUGUAGUUAAUUUAGAAAUAAGAAUUAGCUAUCAUAAUUAAAAAUGGAUAAAUAUUUUAAUAAGUAAUUAAUUUAGUAUUUGAUUAUUCUACUAAUAAUUAAUUACAUAUUUUAUUUGAAAAAAUGAUAGUUGCUAUUUUAGAUUCAAAAAAUACUAAUUUACAUUAACUUCUUUUUGAGGAUACAAAUUUUUUGAAUAUACUCAUUAAAAAUAAUGGUUAAGAAGAAAGAAAAAAAAAACAUGGAUAUUAAGGUAUAUUAACAAAAAUAACAAAUUAUAUUAAUUCUCCUAAUGUUUUACAAUAAUAUUAAAUAGUAUAAACAGCAAUAUUCAAUAUUCAAAAUGAAUGGUUAAAAUAUGUUGAAGAAUUAAAAGUAGUAAAUGAAAUUGAAUAAACAUGGUUAUUAGGUGUAAAUCCAAGAUUUAGAGAACAAGUAAAUGUGGAUUCAUAUAGUCCUCCUCUUUUAUGGCCUGAACCUUUAGGCUCUGGCUAAUAUACAUCUACUAAUAAUUCGACAACAGAAACAACUGAAAAUCAAUAAGAAUAAUAAGAAGAUAAUUCGAACGAUAAUGAAAAUCAAGAAAAUCUUCAACAAGCAGAGUAAUUCGAUUCAGAAGAAGCUUAAAUUGAACAAGAAAUACCUGUAGAAGCAGUUCAAGUUAAAGAAGAAAACAUAGAAUAAUAAGAAGAAUAAUAACCUUAAAAGCAUGUAGAAUAAAUUGUAGAUUCACCAGUUUAUGUUUAAAAUUUUUAGAAUGUAUUAUUACAAUAGGAAGUCGUUGAAUAAACUAAAGAAACUUAAGAAUAAUAACCAUAAUUGAUACAAAAAGAAGAAGAAAUAUUAUAACAAAAGGAAGAAUAAAAUGAAUAAACAAAUGAAAUAAAACAAGAUUAGAUUUAAGAACAAUAGAAUUCACUUUAAGAAUAACCAAAACAGGAAGAGUAAUAAGCUUAAUAAUAAACUUAAGUAGAAUAAUAAGUAUCCUAGAUAGAAAAUCAUGAGGAUUAAGAGUAACAAAAACAACCCUUGGAGGAGGCUUGA